CCAAAGUCCACAAGCGCCUCCCGCCCCCGCGCCGGCGCCGUAUAUGUGCCCUGCCGGGGCAUGGACCGUGCCAGGGACGCCAUCACCGCCGCCGCCUUGCCCUGCUGGGAGAACACUGUUCGCCCCCCUCGGCGAUGGAGGAGACGACGGAGGAGCGCCUGCUGGACAAGCUCGCCUACCUGGAGGGCAUCAUGGGCAUCGUGUCGUUCGUGCUGCUCCGUCUGUUGAACGCGCCCUAUGGCCGCUACGCGCCGCCGUGCGCGCGUGCGUCUGCCACGCGCCUCAGCCACUGGCCCAACCGCGUCCUCCUGGCCAUGUUCGUGGUGCACUACUUCCAACGGUCCUUGAUUUUCCCAUUUCUGAUUCGAGGGGGAAAACCAGUGCCAUUGUACCUGUGUGUAACGGCAUUCAUGUUCUGUACCUUCAAUGGCUACCUGCAGAGCAGGUACCUGAGCCAGUACGCAGUGUAUGCUGACGACUGGGUCAUGGGCCCCUGCUUUCAAAUAGGGUUUGUCUUAUGGCUAAUGGGCAUGCUGAUAAACAUCCAUUCAGAUCAUGUCCUGAGGAAUCUCAGAAAACCGGGGGAGACUGGAUAUAAAAUACCAAGAGGAGGCUUGUUUGAAUAUGUAACCGCAGCCAACUACUUUGGAGAAAUCGUGGAAUGGUGUGGCUACGCACUCGCCAGCUGGUCUCUCCAGGGAGGAGCUUUUGCUCUGUUCACAUUUCUGAUUUUAGUCUCCCGAGCAAAACAGCAUCAUCGGUGGUAUCUUGAGAAGUUUGAGGAUUACCCGAAGUUUAGAAUGACCGUCAUUCCGUUUUUGUUUUAAGGGCACACUGAACUCAUCUACAGCCGCAGCCUCUCGUGUGACUCCCCGGGGCCGUGGCGAUGUGUCUGUCUGAUUCUCCUGUCUCUGCACCUUUUACCACAUAGGCCCUAGGAAUUUCCCCUUGUGCAUGCGUCAGCUACCUGGUAAUAACUAAUCAAACUGCAACGUAGGCCGGGCGUGGCGUGCCACAUUCCAGGUCAGGAAUGUCUAGGUAAUUACUGCUGAAGACUUUCCUAAUUUAAAAUUUAGCUCCUAAAGCUAUGUCGGCAAGCGUGCACAAGGCCAGAAUCCGCAACUGUCCUUGAUGGCCUCUUUGGAACAAACUCCCCAUCCCUUUUAUAGCCCCCAACAGUGAUUCAUUCAAGGUCAGCGGCAGAGUUCCCCCCACUGAUGGGAGGUUGACUGUCUCCAAGCCAGAGAGACUGGGUGCCCAGGGCAUAGCCAGGGUCUGGGGGACACAUGGCGACCUCGCUGUCAGGUGCUAUGUGCAGUGGAGGUGGAGGGCUUGGGAUGAAGAAGGGCCUGUGAGGCCUGACCGAGACUGGGCUCCAUCCCGGCUCACCAGGUGAGGCGGGGCGCGGGGUGCAGGGAGCCCAUGGCCGCUGCCAGGGCCCGGCUGCUCUGUCCCCGUGCAGUGGCUGGGGGAAUGAAGGUGCCGCUGGGCAGCCUUGAGGUCACAGUCUCUCCCCAGGAGCCAUCCGUGUUCUCUGGGCCAAUGUGGUUUUUUCAAUUCCUUUAGAGAACCAGAAUUUUCUAAGUACUCUAAAGUACUGUUAAGUAUUACAAAGCAAUACCUUGAAGCAGAAUGUCUUACUUUAAAAGCACUUUAAGUGUUCAUGGAGAUGAACAGCAUUCAUAACGUUUAUUUUUAAGUAAAGAUUUUGAAAAUAUAGCUCUAAAACUCUGGCUGGA